AUCGAUCAACUGCAAUCUGCUCCGUUCUGCAUCAACAUCCUCGCUUACGGUCAAGGCUGUGCACGUCGUACAGCAAGCACAGCAACUUCUAAAUCUGAUACCGAGUCGUCCUCACUAGCAACGCCACCACCAUCGAUUGAUCACCUGAGGAUUAUCACUGAAAUAGAUCAAUCUACUCAAACAUCACGCUCAAAUUCACGUGAACUGUGA